AUGCUUCUCCGUAAACCGCCGCCGCCGCCGCUCCUCCGCAACCUGCACGUCCUCUUGGCCCGCCGCUGCAUCUCGCUGGAAUCCUUCUCCUCCUCCGCCGGUGUCGGUGCUGCCGCCAUCACCCUCAGUAACGACCCAUGGAUUGCCAAGGUCAUCGCCGCCAUCUUCCUCCGCUCGCCUGCUCCCCCGGCCGCCGCCGCGCGCUUGGCUGUCUUCCGAGAAGCUCUCCUCACCCCCUCCGUCGCCGUACUCGCCGUCCGGCGGCUACCGAAUCCCAACUCUGCCGCCGAGCUCUUCACCGCCGGCCUCCUCCCCGACGACCUCUCCGCCGCCGUCCGGAUGCUCUGCCGGUCGCGGCUCUGCUCCGCCGCGCUGGCGCUGUUCGAUCAGAUGCUCUCGGAGCGCCGCCCCGUCGACGGCGACCUGCUAGGACAUCUCAUCGCCUCCUUCUCCGUCGCCGGCGACUUGGACGCUGGAAUCGGCCUCCUCCGGCGAGCUCCCGAGCUCAAUUGCAGGCUCCCGGCGUUCGCCUUCAACAGCCUUAUAAACCUGCUGGCGUCGAAAAACCGCGCCGGAGAAGCUGUCGCCCUCUUCCGCCGGCAUCUGACCUCGCCAUCCUUCUCUCCGGACACCUGCAGCUUCAACAUCGCCGUCCAGUGCCUGCUCAGAACCGGAGACCUGGACGGCGCCGUGGAGCUCUUCCACGCCAUGCCCAGCUUCGGCUGCUCCCCGGACGAUUUCUCCCACAACAUCCUCAUCCACGGGCUGUGCAGGGCGAACCAGGUGGAGAAGGGGCGACAGAUUCUCAGAGACAUCCGAUCCACCAGGUCGCGCCCGCCGGGAGUCAUCGCCUACACCUCCGUCAUCUCCGGGCUCUGCAAGAUGGGGAAAAUGGCGGACGCCUGCGAGCUGUUCGACGAAAUGCUUGCCGCGGGGAUCACCCCCACGGAGGUGACCUUCAACGUGCUCAUCGACGGCUUCGGCAAGGCCGGCGACACGGCUUCCGCCGCCGCCGUGCAUGCGAAGAUGGCCGCCGCCGGCUGCUCCCCCGACGUCGUCACCUUCACCUCCCUGAUCGACGGGCACUGCCGCGCCGGCCAAUUGGAGGAAGCUCUCCGGCUAUGGCGAGACAUGGGCGUGCUUCCUAAUGCCUACACCUUCUCCGUGCUGGUGAACGCGCUCUGCAGGGUGAACAGACUGAGCGAGGCGCGGGAGCUGCUGGCGGAGCUGCGGCGGCGAGCCGACAUCGCCGUGCCGGGGGCAUUCGUCUACAACCCGGCAAUCGAUGGCUUCUGCAAGGCGGGGAAUUUGCAGGAGGCCAAUCGGCUGGUGAUGGAAAUGGAAGAGAAGGGCUGCUCCCCAGACAAGGUGACCUACACGAUACUGAUCAUCGGGCACUGCAUGAAGGGCAGGGUUGCCGACGCCAUUUCUCUAUUCGGCAAGAUGGGCGCCGCCGGGUGCGAGCCGGACGGCAUCACUGUGGGAUCUCUGGUGUCCUGUCUGCUCAAAGCCGGCAUGGCAGGGGAGGCUGAUCGGAUCAUGCUCUCUUCGUCCUCUCUGAAGACGUUGACGUCACAGGGAUCAUCUUGCUAG